GUUAGAUCAGCCAUAUCUGAGAAAACAGACUCCCCUUUGAGCAAGCAGCAUCUUUAACUAGUAAGUAGCUACUAACUAGUAGCUACGGGCGUCUUUCUAAAUCCUUCUAGCAGCAAGUGUGUAAGGUGAUUCCAAUCCUGUUGUUGCGCGGUCUCUAAACCCUAAGUUCUAGUUUGUUACAACCCUCUCCCCCCCACCAUAAUCAUGUCUUGCUUUGGUGGACUUUCUUAUCUAUUUCACUUGGAAUCGCUGAUGAAUGCUUGCUAUGAUGGACGAUGCUAGAAAAAAACUAAGAACCCAUGUCGGUCAAUUUCGCGUUCUGAAGAUGCUUCCACUUACGUAAGUAUAUAUAUGUACCAGGGAGGGAGGCCCCCCCCCUGUGGAUGGAUCUGUGGGGGACCACGCCAGAGGGGUCCAGCCUUGCCACCUUUGCCAGGUCUGUCGAGGGGCUGCCGGGCGGGAAGGCCUCAAAGCGCCCACUUCUGACCCCUUCCCGCUUCUUGCCUGUGCCCUACAGACCUGGCAGACGAGGCAAGGCGGGAACCCACCCCCUUGGCGUAGGGUUGGGCACAUGCAACACGCCAGAGGGUUCCAGCCUUGCCACCUUUGCCAGGUCUGUCGGGUACAUGCAGCACGCCAAGGGGGUGGGUCCCGCCUUGCCUCCUCUGCCAGCUCUGUCGGGUACACGCAACACCACAAGAGGGCCCAGCCUUUGCCACCUUUGCCAGGUCUGUAGGGUACAUGCAAGAAGCGGGAAGGGAUCAGAAGUGGGCGCUUUGAGGCCUUCCCGCCCGGCCGCCCCUCGAAAAGAGGGGCCGGGGCGGGGAGGCCCCCCCCCCUCAAAAAGUUAGAUCGGGGGGGAGGGGGGGCCUCCCGCCCUGAGCCCUGGAACAUAUAUGGACCCCUUGACCUUGUGCACCUUGACAAACCCACCCCGACCUAGCAUCUAUUAGAUUGAGGCUCCA